CACUUCUUCUUCUUCAUUUCACUUCUCUCUCUCUAUCUCUUUCUCUCUCCUCCAAUUCAACAAAAAUGGCGAAGAAUUCUACUUUCUCUCUCCUCGUUGUGUUAUUCUUCUUCUCUCUACUGUCUCUCUCCUCCCUCUGUUUUGCGCAGCAACAUAAUUACAUGGAUGCUCUUAGGAAGAGUCUCCUAUUCUUCGAAGGCCAACGCUCCGGUAAACUCCCCGCCGAUCAACGCCUUCGUUGGCGCCGUGACUCCGCCCUACGCGACGGUCACUCUGUCGGUAGAGAUUUGACAGGAGGAUACUAUGAUGCGGGGGACAAUAUAAAGUUCGGAUUCCCAAUGGCGUUUAGUGUCACGCUCCUAUCAUGGAGCGUGAUCGAUUUCGGUCGAAACAUGAGGGGUGAGCUCUCCCACGCGCUGAAGACGGUGCGUUGGGGAACCGACUACCUCUUAAAAGCCACGGCCGAGGUGCCGAAUGUCAUGUACGUACAGGUCGGUGACCCGUACUCCGACCACAAUUGUUGGGAACGGCCCGAGGAUAUGGACACCUCGCGUAGCGUCUACGCGAUUGAUCGUAACCACCCCGGGUCCGACGUUGCCGGGGAGACCGCCGCGGCGUUGGCGGCGGCAUCGAUUGUGUUCCGGUCUCGUGAUCGUGCUUAUUCUCGUUUGCUCCUUAGUCGGGCCGUCAAAGUGUUCGAGUUUGCAGACAAAUACCGAGGAGCAUAUAGUUCGAGCCUAAAAAGAGCAGUUUGCCCGUUUUACUGUGAUAAUAACGGAUACCAGGACGAGUUGUUAUGGGGGGCAGCAUGGUUGCACAAGGCCACAAGGAGGCGCAGAUACAGAGAAUACAUAGUGAGGAACGAGGUGAUAUUAAGAGCUGGAGAUACCAUUAAUGAAUUUGGAUGGGAUAAUAAGCAUGCUGGGAUUAAUGUCCUCAUUUCCAAGGAAGUGUUGAUGGGCAGAGCUGAGGACUUGAGAAGUUUUAAGAACAACGCGGACGACUUCAUAUGCUCUGUAAUUCCCGGAGUUGCUCAUCCACAAGUCCAAUACUCUCCAGGAGGACUGAUCUUCAAGGCAGGAGGGAGUAACAUGCAGCAUGUAACGUCUUUGUCUUUCCUACUUCUAGCAUACUCUAACUAUCUAAGCCACUCCAAUCACCAAGUGCCAUGUGGCGGAAUUGUAGCUUCUUCUGCCCUCUUAAAACAAUUUGCCAAACGUCAGGUGAAUUACAUACUAGGGGAUAAUCCAAUAAGGAUGUCAUACAUGGUGGGCUAUGGACCACGAUAUCCACAAAGGAUACACCACAGGGGAAGCUCACUACCAUCGGUCCAUGUUCAUCCGGCCCAUAUUGGUUGUAAAGCGGGCUCUCGAUAUUUCCUUAGCCCUAAUCCUAACCCGAAUAAGCUCGUUGGUGCGGUUGUUGGCGGGCCUAACGUCACGGAUGCAUUCCCGGAUUCUAGGCCUUACUUUCAAGAGUCUGAGCCCACAACAUACAUUAAUGCUCCUCUUGUGGGCCUCUUGGCCUACUUUUCGGCCCAUCCUUGAUAUCUAAGUUAAUUAAUUAUUUAGUUAUUUUCUUAAGUAUGGUUUAUAUCACCCUCCUCCACCAAGGUAAAAAUUAUGUUAAGGGUAAAAAAAAUUGCCACCCUAAGGAAUGUAGGGCAAGGCAUGGAGGUGAGCAUAUUGCCACCCUAGAAAAAAAAAAAAUGUAUUGUAAUGUUUGUAUCACAUUCUUGCUAAAACAUUAAUGGAAAAAAGGCGAUAUUUCGAUUCCUUAAAA